UCUGUGCAGUUUUAGUUGCCAUAGAAACCAUGUCGCAUCAACAAAUAACAAUGUUUAAAAUCUGUCGCAGAGAACAGUUUAUUCCGUACAGUUUUUAAUAUAAAGAAUUAAAACUAAAACGAAUAUUUACAGUACUUAUACAACUAUGGGACUUUUAAGUAUCCUGAAGAAAUUACGUUCUAAUUCGGAGCGAGAACUGCGGCUUUUGUUGUUAGGAUUAGAUAACGCCGGAAAAACAACGACUCUAAAACAGUUGGCGUCAGAAGAUGUGACUCAGGUGACUCCCACUGCAGGAUUUAACAUAAAAUCUGUCUUAUCUAGUGGCUUUAAGCUAAAUGUAUGGGAUAUUGGUGGACAAAAGAAAAUUAGGCCAUAUUGGAGAAAUUACUUUGAAAAUACAGAUGUUUUGAUCUAUGUUGUGGACUGUUCUGAUCAUGAAAGGCUUCAAGAAACAAGCUUUGAGUUAGCAGAGUUAUUACAAGAUGAAAAGCUUCGAGGAGUGCCUCUUCUUGUAUAUGCUAAUAAACAGGAUUUAGCUACAGCACUUCCAGCCAGUGAAGUAGCACAGCAUCUGGGUUUACAUCUCAUUAGGGAUCGUACCUGGCAGAUACAGGCCUGUGUGGCCAUAGAUGGCACUGGAGUGAAGGAGGGUAUGGAGUGGGUAUGUAAAAAUAUACCUGUAAAAAAAUAAUUGGUGGAGAUGCUUUCAACACUGCUUCCUCUUAAUAUUAAAUUACUAUAUUCAUUCCAAUAAUUUAAUUUAAUCACCGUUAUUUACAAUGAAGUCAAUAUUUAAGGUCUUAACUUACAAAGUAAUGUUAGAUAUUUUUUUAUGGAACAGAGCAAAUGGGCAGAAGGCUCAUCUGAUUUUUAGUGAUACUUGCCAAGGAGGCUUGCGAA